CGGAAUCAAAACUGAAAUUCACAAUGGAGGGGAUUUCUUGGAGGUUGUUUUUACUUUCGUUGGUACUUUUGGAGGGGUCUACGCAAGAUUUUGGACAAACGCAAUUCAUUUGCACGUCGGUUCCAAAGGAUAUGGACUUGUGCGCAGCCACUAUGCAAAACAGUGGUCCCGCAGAGGACCUGAAGACCACUGUCAUGCAGUUACGGGAGACGGUGCUGCAGCAAAAAGAGGUGAUCAUGAACCAGAAAGAUACGAUCAGGGAACUAACGGCAAAGUUGACUCGGUGCGAGAGUCAGAGCGUGCCCGAACCGGGAGUAGGGGGUCGGAGAAAAGAGCCGGGCUCCAAAAACACUAUGGGAGAUGUAUCUCGGGGUCCGUCGGACACCCUGGCUCAACUAGGGCAGACGUUACAAACCCUGAAACAGAGACUGGAGAACUUAGAGCAAUAUAGUAGAAUAAACAGCACGGCGCAGACAAAUAGCCUGAAAGACCUACUCCAGAACAAGAUAGACGACAUGGAGAAGCAGGUCUUGUCCCGUGUCAAUCAGUUGGAGGAAACCAAAGGUGGGCAGCGGAACGAGACUGACCAGCGCAAUAAAGUCGAGUCGACCCUAACCUCCAUCCACAGCAGGAUAACAGAUCUCGAGAAAGGUCAAAAAGGCAACAGACCCCUGGACAAGUUCCAACUGACUUUUCCUCUACGGACCAACUACAUGUACGCGAAGGUGAAGAAGAGCUUACCGGAGAUGUACGCCUUCACUCUCUGUAUGUGGAUUAAAUCCAGUGCGUCGCCAGGCGUCGGUACUCCGUUCUCCUAUGCGGUGCCGGGCCAAGCCAACGAACUUGUGUUGAUCGAGUGGGGAAAUAACCCAAUGGAGAUUCUUAUCAACGACAAGGUGGCGAAAUUACCGUUCCAAAUCAACGACGACAAGUGGCACCACAUCUGCGUCACCUGGACCACAAGGGACGGGGUGUGGGAAGCCUUCCAGGACGGUGUUCUGCGCGGCACCGGGGAGAACUUGGCCCCCUACCACCCCAUCAAACCACACGGAGUCCUCGUGCUGGGACAGGAGCAGGACACACUGGGUGGAGGCUUCGACGCAACUCAGGCGUUCGUAGGAGAGCUGGCCAAUUUCAACGUGUGGGACCGUAAGCUGACCACGGGGGAGAUCUACAACCUGGCCACGUGCAACAACAGAGCUCAGGUGGGCAACGUCUUCGCCUGGUCAGAGACGAGCAUCGAGGUGUUCGGUGGAGCCACAAAAUGGACAUUCGAGCCUUGCCGUCAGCUCAACUGAACUGUUUCACACCAUCCAUCUUGGCGAAAGCAGAAAAAGCCAGUAUGAGAGAGGCUACGUGUCUUCUGAGCUUGUCUUUCUUCUUGUCUUCAUUUCGACGUUGAUUAAAAAAGAACAGAAAACCUAACAUUGAUUUAAAAAGGUAAGAGAAAAAGCUGGGAUUUCUAUACAUAAUUACGUAUUUAUGUGCAAAAACAAACAACUGUUUUUGGUCUUGAGAAAAAAAAAGAUAUUUUCCUGUCAUAUGUCUUGGGAACAUCAGUGAGACCGUGUUGGUAUUGAUUCCUUUUUUAUUCGGAGUUCGCUUCAACUUGUUUCUUUUUUUUCUUUUUUGCAAACGCACUCGAGCUUUGUUUUUGUUCUUUUGCUUAUUUUUUCCCUCUUGGACCGGCAGCUGGGCAUCUUUAGCCUUACUGUACGUUGGACAAUAUCUCUAACACAGGAUGGGAAAACAUCGCCUUCUUCUUGAUGAUACACACAGAAAGCCGACAGUCCCUCCCCGAAGACAGCAGUAUUUCAGAGACGUGACAGGAGUUAGUUUCUGCACUAAACGGAACCCCAAAACCUCUCCUCCCCCAACUCCCCCCGGAACUUGCACUGUGACUGACCGCGCGUGGCGGUAGACAGACAGGGAUGAAGGACGAUGCACAGACGGAUUGCACCUAACUUUUCAUUGUUCUCGUUGUUUGCUUCAACGUGUUUCUGUAAGAAUGUCUAAAAAUUGCCAACUUGCUACAAAGCCUGGGUGCCUUGGGCUGGUGCAGAUUUUUUUCAGCACACUUCGUUUUCUUUUUUCAGUUGCAUAAUUCUUCUAUGUAGGCCUAUGAUUUUUUUUUCUCCAAAAUCAUUUCCUUUGAGAGAGAAAGUGUCGUAAAUCUAUUCAAUGUACUUUACCGGCGAUUUUGUUUUUGUUUUUAAAGGACAUGACGUGUAUUGGCAAAGUGUUUGUACACUGUAUUAGGAAUGUUCUCUGUAUAGUAAUAGCAUGACUGACACAAUGCUGCAACAGCAUCGUCGACAACUGCUUUUACUAUCCCUUCCAGGUCGGGUCUCUUUUCUACUGUAUUGUUAUAUGCUCAAAGCAUGGCACCACUGAAAGAUUAAAAAAAGAUCUAAUUUUUGUAAUAAAAUUGUGAUACAUAGUUA